UUCAAACUUCAAAAUAUUAAUAAGAAAAUGUAAUUUUCUUCUCUUAUUAAUAUAAGCUUUAUAUUGUUAUCAAAUAUUAUUGUAUUAAUCGUAAUUCUUACUAACAAGUUAAAUGUAAUUUUUGCUCAACAUUUAUUCUUAUUCUUUAACAUGUGCUUGGUUCUGUAGCGUCUAUAGAAACUGUGGUUAGAAAAGGGGUGAAGUGAAGGGCAUUUUAUUUGUAAAUAUUAUGGAUUGAUAAAUGAACAUCUGCUUGAUUUGGUAUUACAUCUAUAACUGCACACAAUUAGUUCACUUACAAUCAUUAGUAUUAUUUUAAAUUUCACAAUAAAUACAUUCUAAGCAUAAUAUUUUCUAAUUAAUAAAAAGUUAAAAUGAGAUUGACUUUAGGCCUGCUUUCUUCUGUUGUACAGAAAAGACCAUUUUAUGUGACUACACCGAUAUUUUAUGUUAAUGCAGCUCCACAUUUAGGCCAUCUGUAUACAGCCGUGGUGGCCGAUGCAAUCCAGAGAUUUGAGAAGCUUGUCAAUCCAGACUAUGAUGUUAUAUUCAGUACAGGCACAGACGAACACGGCACAAAAAUCCAACAGGCGGCUGCAAAGGUGAAUCUCUCUUUGUCAGAAUACUGCGCGAAUAUUUCUAAUGAGUACCGUAGCCUCUUCAACGAGUAUCAAGUGGAUUACACAGACUUUAUAAGGACCACGGAGGAGCGCCAUAAGAAGGCUGUCACGCAUUUUUGGAAUAAGUUAGUAAAACAAGACUAUAUAUACAAAGCGAAAUACUCUGGCUGGUACAGCGUGAACGACGAGAGCUUCGUACCCGAAUCACAUGUUAGAGACGAGAUAAAAGAUGGAGAGAAGAUUAAAGUAUCGGUCGAGUCAAACCACAGAGUGGAAUGGACAGAGGAAACCAACUAUAUGUUUAGACUGAGCGCGUUCAAAACUCAUCUGCAGCAGUGGCUUAAAAAUGAUGGUGUGAUAACUCCAGGCAAAUAUCAAAAGCAACUGCAAGACUUUCUGGAGAAUGAAGCCUAUUUCCCUGAUAUAUCAGUCAGCAGACCCUCAUCCAGAGUACAUUGGGCUAUACGAGUCCCCGGCGAUGAAGAACAAAGUAUCUACGUGUGGCUGGACGCUCUGAUCAACUACUUAACUGUAGUGGGUUACCCAGACGCUGACUCCAUGACGGCAAGGGGGCGACCCUGGCCGGCAGAUGUGCAAGUUGUGGGAAAGGACAUACUCAAGUUCCACGGCAUCUAUUGGCCAGCGUUCCUCAUGGCUAUCAAAUGGCACCCGCCGCGUCGGCUGCUGUGUCACGGUCACUGGACUGUGGACGGCAGCAAGAUGUCCAAGUCACUGGGGAAUGUAGUCUGUCCGAGAUCCACGGGCGUGUCGCCUUCCGCUCUGAGAUACUUGCUACUGAGGGAGGCGACCAUGGCUUCAGAUGCUAAUUACAGCGAAACAAAAUUGAUCAACGUGGCGAAUUCAGAGCUAGCUGACACCCUGGGUAACCUGGCGAGCCGUUGCUGCGGCGUGGCACUCAACCCUCGCCAGGAAUUCCCCGCGCUGCACGCCGCUGAACUAAUAGACUGUAGUCAAGAGGAGGUCACAGCGCAGCUGUUGCUCCAAGUCGAAAAAUUGCCUGAAAUAUGCUACAACCAUUACACAAACUACCAAUUCUACAAAGCAGUAGAUGCGGUUAUACACGUUCUACACUUGGCUAACCUGUUCUUCGAGACACAUCGACCUUGGGAACUUCGUAAGCAUUUGGAAAACCAGAAAAAGCUUGACGUCAUACUUCACAUAACAAUGGAAACCUUAAGAAUAUGUGGUAUAAUUCUCCAGCCCAUAAUUCCAGACAUGAUGUGCAAAUUAUUGGAUAAAUUACAAAUACCUAAAAAUUCAAGAAGUUGGCAACACUGCACAACACCAUCUUGGAGGAUAGAGGGCGCUAUAUAUGAAACGAAGUAUAUACAGAGCGGAAAAUUCGUACUUUUCCAAAGAAUAUAUACAGAUAAAAAGAAUGUGCAAAAGAAAAAAGCAAGUGCAUAGGAUUAGCAAUUUUUAUUGAUAAUUUGCUGUAAAUCAUAACUAAUUACAGAUCUGGCACUACUAUUUACCUUAUUGUGAAAUAGACGUGAAUUAAUGUUUUUUUUUUCAAUGCAAAUGAUUGAACGUGUUUUUAUCUAAUAGUACUUAUUCUAUAUUCAAUAAGAUUUACCUUUGGUCCAAAAUCACAACCUCCAUAUUUGUUUUGCUCCUAAAAAUUGCCCUUUAUAAAGAUGAUUUUUAUAAGUUUAUUCGCGCUGUAUUUAGCAAAAUGAACCGAUUUCCAUACACCUUUCUUUGUUUCUUUAAAUUGAGUUUCUCGUCGGAAAUAACUUUACGAUAUUAAUAUUUUAAUUAAUUUAUUAAAUAAUUUUAAGUUUACUUAUCUGUGUUUUGUACAUAUCAAUGAUGCAAAACUACGGAAUGUUCAUGUCAAAGUACAUUGACAUAUUAUUGCACAGAUUGGGGCACGGAGGUUCCUUUGUGACAGACAAAAGGUUAUUAAAAACUCGACAGAAAUGAGAAAUAACAUUCUGCACGAGCGACUACUAGUUAUUAAGACUGUUAGGAGUUGGUAAUAAAUGAAAAUCGUGUAUAAUUCGAUCAUUUUUAUAAACUUAUCUAACUAUAUUAUAUUCCUAAAUUCAAUAACUAAUUACUCUAGAAUAAUAAAUAUAUUGUUAAUAAUAUGGACCUGGGAAAUAGGUUACUACUAAUGCCAAUAAAAGAAAUCGCCGGAAUUGUUUAUGCAUGUAACAUACGUGGAUUUUUUUUUAAUAAAUGUACUACCCAGUGACAUAUUGUAAGUUUCUUUUAGUUAUGAUAUUUGUAUAAUUUGACAAAGUAAUCACAAAAAAUCUUGGCCGAAUAAAAUAACGUACUAAUAUACAGAAGGGAAUCCGCUUCAAUAUCCAUUAUAAACAUCGAAGCUGCUUUUAUUUAAUAUUGUCUAGUUGUGUUUGCACCAACCCGUUAUCUUAUUUCCGUAACGAUGUAAUAUUAAUUACUAAAGGUUAGUAUAGCUUUCUUUUAUUAUAAAAGAUAUCAAUUAAGUAGUUUCAGAGAUAUAUACCCUUUCUGUGAACAAAUUUUACCUCUUUUAAUUAACGUAGACGUUAUAAUUUAGUUUUGCACUCUUUCUCUCUCUCUCCGAUGAUUCUUCUUCAAAACUUACUUCGAUAUAAACUUUCAUCACAUAAUCACAAGAUAUCAAUUCUUUAAACUAUCGUGUUAUAUUUUACUUUGCCAAGACUACUACUUUUCGUUACAUGGAGAUUUAAUUGCCUCGCUUGUAAUCUUAUUUUUAAAGACUUAUUACGGUGCAUUUUGUGUAGUUUAAACGAAGUACAUUAUAUAUAAUUGAUGUUCGACUGAUAUUUAAAUAUAUUUGUGAAUAAAUUUUGUUGAAUUGUA